AUGCAUGAAGGUCCAAACAACAUGAAUGAAAAUAAUAAUAAUUCAUCAUCGCCUUUAACAGCAGAUCAUUUGAGAUGGUUGUUGUUUAGACAUCAAAAUUUGAGGGCCUUGAAUGAUUUAAAUAAUCAUAACAAUAAUUACCAAGAACGGAGAUGGGAUUCAAAGGCUGAUGUGUCUAAAUCAUGCUCAAUGUCAUCGGUUGAUCAUCUAUCGCCUCUCAUUACUACUGCUUAUCACAACAUGAAUACAACAAGUAUGAAAACUUUUCAUUCACAAUCAGAAAAAUCGAAUCAUGUAACUAACGAGAGAACACAAGAAAAACAACAAGUGACCCAAAAAGGACUCUCUUGCUUGGAACCCAAAUGGUUGAAGCAAAAAUUCGAGUGUGACAUGGCCCGUUCAUCGCCCACACCUAAAAUUCCAUCGAACGACGAUCUUGAUCAGCAACCACAAACAACCCCACCUAUACUAACCACCAUCAACCAAACAAGUAAUAUUUCCUCUGAAAAGAAACAACCUGUAAAAUCAACACAAAUAAUUACCAAAUCAAAGAAAAAAGCUAAAAAGAGAAGCAUUAAUACGAAUCCAAAAAACCGUCGACAUGCAACAGAUGCAAUAGACAAGACGGUUGCAACCGUAGAAAAUUCUCAACAAUUUAAAUCCUUCAACGCAGCCAUGGUCGAUUUAUUUAAGGACUACACUGAAAAAUCAGAUUUAUCUCUCACAUCAGCAACUUCAACACACAACAAUUCACUCUACUCCAAAUUUACCAAAUAUCUGAAACGAUUUAAUUUCUGGUGGACCAAGUGGAAGAAGGAAUUUACUGCAGCAACUAUUCAUCGAUUUUUGAGAUCGUAUGAUCCUCUGAUGAGAACCUUUGAAUGCCUUCUUCUCUUCUUUGAUACUUUCCACUUUCCAAUGGCCAUCCGUCUCUUCACUCAUCGAGUUCGUCACUUUCUCAACCUCAUUUUCCAAUUCCUGUAUACAUCUCUCUUCCUCUUAGAAGAAAACUCAGAAGCAGAACGAGAAUUAUUGAUGCACAGCAACAAUAAUUAUUACAACGAUUCUCAAAUCUACCAAACAGAUCCAUACUAUUACUAUGAUGACGUGAAUUAUUAUUCUCAACAUCACAACCCCAACACAGGAGGAGAUCCCUUCACAUAA